AUGACACCUCGCCGAUCAAGCAAACGAGUAGGACGGCCCCGUCUAGACACCAUCACACCCGCCACCAACAACACCGCCAUCCUCUCCCCCAAUCGUCGCACCCAAGUCCGUCGUGCUCAACGCACAUACAGACUCAAAAAGGAAGCCGUGUUUCGAAAUGCGAUCGACAGGGCUGAACAACUCGAAGCAAGAUUCCGCAUUGUCAGGGAAGAGGUAGCAGGGCUACUGUCCGAUGUCGCCACUGAGAAGCACCAACUACAUCUGUCACAUCCUACAAUCCAUACUCGCUUAAAACGACUCCAUGACAUUCUUAUAGCCGAUUGUGACAGUAGCACGCCCAAUGAGGCGAAUACGGACAAUCUUAUACCCUUAUCCUCAUCCUCGUCCUCAUCUCCAGCAUCAGAGUCAUCUCCAUCCAUACAUUAUCACCAAGUAUCCACAUCCCCCAAUAACAACCACUCCAUCUUCCACAAUCAGUCACUCACACCCCUCCCAACAAAACAACACUCCUACGCCUUCUGCGAGUCCCGCUUCGCACGCCAACUCCACCGCUACACCCUCGAGUACGCCUACCGCCUCUUCACAGACCCGCGCUCCAACCCAUCCAUCAUCUACCGCGUAUUCCGUCUCGUACCUUGCAUCCAAGACCCGCAGAAGACUCAGCCGCGCUUCAAGCAGCUCUUGAUGGGCGGGUGUACCGAUCCGUUAGAGGUACCAGGAUUACCCUUCUACGGCGUUGGAGGAGCGGGCACGCAUUUUCAGGGGGUUGAUGGGGAUGUACCACGGAAUAGGAGAAUGCCGGGGAGGGUGUUGGGGGUGAUGGACACUAGUAAGAGUAGGGGUGAUGUGCUGGAGGUAUAUGGCCUUGGAGGGACGUGGUUUGAUUGUCGUGAUGUGGAGGGAUUUCUGGAAUCGGUAGGGGUUGAUGUCAUUAAUGGGGGGAUGUUUCGGAGGUGCAGUAGGACUGGGGAUGCUGGGGGGUCGUGGGUUUUGGAUGUCGAGGGGUUCUUUCUAAGUAAGUUAUUUGAUGUUUCAGGUUGGGAUUUAGGUUGUAUGCUGAUGAGUGAUGUAGGACUCCUUCCUGGGCUUGUUAUUCUUGGUCGUGCGCCGGGGUUUAGGGAGGUGGAUGUUAAACGUGCGUUGCAGGCUUCGAUGCGGAGAGUGGAUCAUAUAUAUGGAGACAGGUAG